UUUAUAGUAUUUAGUAAUAUUCGGUUUGUAAUAUAAAUAAAUAGAACUGUUAAUCUGGGUUUGUAAGUUGAUACCACUUUUUUUCUCAGAUACCAAGAAGUAAGAAGUUCCCAGAUAUUUUUUACAUUUUCAUAGUUAUAAAGUAAUAAAAAAUUAUCAAUAGAAUUUCCAUCACUUCCUAAGCAUAACAAAAACAUUUAUAUUCUUCAUUCCAGUGAAUAUUACACUCGCAGGGCCGGUACUUGGCUCCUACAAGCGAGCAUCUUUUCCUGUGUUAGUGCAGUUGUGCAUCAAGCAACCAUGGGAAUUAUGUGGACCUACCUAACGUUCUUCAUUUGUUUCACCAGUGCCGUGGAGCAAUAUUCAUCCAGUUAUUAUUGUGCGAAUAUGCAACCACAACAAAUUAUGAGCGUGCCACAGUUGAUGGGAAUGUGGUUCGUCGUAGAAAAAAUAGAUCAUCUCGACGAAAGACAUUAUGCAAAGCGUUUGCGGACUUGCCCGGUUAUCCAUAUCUCUGAAGAUCGAUCUCAUACUACGCUGAAUCCUUUGUACAAGGGUAACCAAUACAGAGGCUACGGAGAAGGUUUUGGUUAUGGUACGGAUGGGUCCCAGUAUGGAAAAACUCGAGAACAAAUCGACCAAGAACGUCGGCAGAAACUUGAAUACGUCAGCGGGAUGACGCACGAAAGGAACUAUCCCAGGAGGACGUACCAAAAUUACAACAUGGACAAGGGCCAUCUGAGGAUAUACUGGGACGAGGAGGGAGACAGCACCGAAUACCACGUGUGGUAUAAUAUUACCGAGCCUGGGUUCUGGAUCAGUUCAGGUCCGGAAAAUGGAGCAGUGUUAAAAAGCCAGUUCAGCCACUACGCUGGCAACAUACAGGUCCAGAAAGUGGUAGGCGACCACAUGGUGCUCACAUUCUGCCAUCCUCAGCCUCGUCAGUUUUUCUCUGUGCUUUUAUCCAGAGAAACAAAGCUCAGUUCUGUUGAGGUGCACAGCGUGCACCGGAUGCUCGACAGGAAAGGUUUUAAAAUCAGUGCAGUCGAAAAACUGUGCAACAAGAGCGGUAGAUUCGCUCUGAGCAACUGGCUAGGUUUGAGUUUGGUUGUUCUUUUUUAUCUGCAGAAUAGUUAAGUGGGAGUCAUUAACUAGUGUCGAUUUUUUUUUUUUUAUUUAGAAAUGGGUAUAAAGUAGAAUCAGUAGCAGAAUACUGAACAAGUCAGUUAGGUAAAAGUUUGUAUAUGAUUAAAACUGUAUUUAUAAGGGAAAAUAUUAAUUAUACAGGGUGUUUGGUAAGUCAAUAGUCGGAGGU